CCAUCAAUCAUCCAAGAUUUGCUCCCGUACUCCAUGUAGGAGUCCCGUUUCCCUUAGCGAUCGGUAGCCGCACGGGGUUGUGGGUGGUGACGAUGGAGUGCCCACCACCUGUUCGACGGGAGGACGGCGAAACAGAUUGGGCGGAGGCGGCGAGGAAAUACCUCGAUGUGGUCUCCUCCGGCGACGAGGGAGCGGCGGUGAGGGCCACGCUCGAGGUCAAGCGGCUGGCCGGCCACGCUACGGAUUCUGCCGUGCGGCUCGCGGUCCGGGCGCUUGUCGGCCUCCUCGCCCGGUCGCCGCCGCCUCGUCUGCAGGCGGCAGCGUCGCAGGCCCUGUGCUCCGUCGUUCGCAUCGACGGUGGCAGGUUCGCGGCCGAAGCUGUUGAUGCGGGCUUCUUCCCCGUGGCGCAGAGGCUGCUCCCGGAGUCCGAGGAGGUGCCCCAGAGGAUGCUGCUGAGGUGCCUCAGCUGCAUCCUGACCUUACACGCAACUAGCCGUGUGGUAUUUGGGAGGGGCGGUGGCGCAGAGGUUAUCUUGGACCUACUUCCGGGCUGCUCUGGGGCAACGAAGCGGCGCUUGGUGGAAAUUUUGAGCGUGUUAGCAUUGAUGAAAGAAGUCCGGCAUCUGCUCCUAACUGAUGGAAAGGUCAAAUACCUCGUUGCAGCCAUUUCGUUUGGUAACUUGGCGUCAAGGACCAGAGCAGCUCAGGCUGCUGGCCUGCUUGGUGCAUCAACUAUCGGCCGAUCUUUGCUGGUUGAGAUGGGUGCGCCGCUGGCGCUAGUUGGCCUGAUGAGGAAUGGUGAUUCCUCAGCAAAACUUGUUGCUGCUAAUGCGCUUGGUAUAGUCUCGUCAAUUGGACCCCAUCUCCAAUUGAUUCAUGAGUCUGGCGCUAUACCUUUAUAUGCUGAGCUGCUAAAAGAAAGCCAUCCACUUGCGAAAGUUAUUGUGGAAGAUGUAUUCUGCAAUUUAAUUUCAAUCAGGGACAAUGCUGGAGUGGUUCUGGAGAAUCUGGCUGGAAUCCUGAGGGGUGAAGAUGACCCUGCAAUAAGUGCUGCUGUCGAUGUUUUGUUGGCUCUUGCUGAAUAUAAGAGCAUCAUUCCUUUCCUUAAAAGUUCUGGAGUAAUGCCUGUUCUUGUGGAUCUUCUGCGGAACAGGAAUCAUGAUGUUAUUGAGAAAGUUACAGGGGCUGUUGCACAGUUAAGCUAUGAGGAGUAUAUCAGGGAAGGUUUGAUGGAAGACGGUGCUAUUCCUGUUCUUUUAGACUUGCUCAACGGCCGUUUAGGGGACUUGACGGAGUCUGCAGCAGCAGAAGCUUUGAUUAAUUUCUCUGAAGAUCCAUCAUGUCAAGAGUAUGCACCAAUGCUGCAAAGGGUACCAGAACUUUCGGCAUUUCGAGAUCACUUGUUUCAUUUCCGCACUUCUCAAGGCCACUUGAUUCAAUCAGUGAGAAGAAGAAUAGAGCAGCGUUUGAACCCACAAUAAGAAUUUUCAUGACCUAUGGUAUGUAUGUCUUUGUAGUCUUUUGAGUAUCUAUGAUACACACAUUCUUUUAUGUGAUAGUAUUCUUGAUUAAGUUUGAUGCCUAUUCUGACUUCUGGUGCAAGUGGUCUUCAUGGAAUUUGAUUUUAUUGUAUAUUUACAUGACCCAAGCUCAAGAUUGGACUUUGGCAGCCUACAUGAACUAGAGAGACUGCAGUAUUUAUGCAAGAAACUUAACAAAUAUGUUUGUAAUC